GGGGGCGCGUCCUGUGCUCCGGACAUGCGCGCCGUCGCGGGCGCCGCUGGGACCGGAAGUGCGGGCGAGCGCCGUCCACGGGUCUGACAGGAGCAGCCUGCGGGCACCGCGGCGGUAGUUGGAGGCGGCAGAGGGUCCGGAGACGGCAGAGGGUCCGUCGCCGCGCCGCCCUGCCCCGCCAUGGGCCUCCUGUCGGACCCCGUUCGCCGGCGCGCGCUCGCCCGCCUCGUGCUGCGCCUCAACGCGCCGCUGUGCGUGCUGAGCUACGUGGCGGGCAUCGCCUGGUUCUUGGCGCUGGUUUUCCCGCCGCUGACCCAGCGCACUUACAUGUCGGAGAACGCCAUGGGCUCCACCAUGGUGGAGGAGCAGUUUGCGGGCGGAGACCGUGCCCGGGCUUUUGCACGGGACUUCGCUGCCCACCGCAAGAAGUCGGGGGCUCUACCAGUGGCCUGGCUUGAACGGACGAUGCGGUCAGUAGGGCUGGAGGUCUACACGCAGAGUUUCUCCCGGAAACUGCCCUUCCCAGAUGAGACCCACGAGCGCUAUGUACUGGGGGAGUGGGGUGUGCCUGGGCCCAGAAAGCACCUUGGAGGGAGGGGUCUGGGCUGGGUAUCACCUUGGCGGGUGUCAUGGGGCCAGGAAGCUCAGUGGGAGGGGAAAUCCCUGGUGGGCAUUGGAGGGCUAGAAAAGGGGGGGGCUUCAGCGUCCUACCACAGUUACACUGAGGUCCCCCCCCCAUACUGCAUACAGAUGGUGUCAGGCACCAACGUAUACGGCAUCCUGCGGGCCCCUCGUGCUGCCAGCACGGAGUCGCUUGUGCUCACCGUGCCCUGUGGCUCAGACUCUACCAACAGCCAGGCUGUGGGGCUGCUGCUGGCACUGGCUGCCCACUUCCGGGGGCAGAUUUACUGGGCCAAAGAUAUCAUCUUCCUGGUAACAGAACAUGACCUUCUGGGCACUGAGGCUUGGCUUGAAGCCUACCACGAUGUCAAUGUCACUGGCAUGCAGUCGUCACCCCUGCAGGGCCGAGCUGGGGCCAUUCAGGCGGCCGUGGCGCUGGAGCUGAGCAGUGAUGUGGUCACCAGCCUCGAUGUGGCUGUGGAGGGGCUCAAUGGGCAGCUGCCCAACCUUGACCUGCUCAAUCUCUUCCAGACCUUCUGCCAGAAAGGGGGCCUGUUGUGCACGCUUCAGGGCAAGCUGCAGCCUCAGGACUGGACGUCAUUGGAUGGACCGCUGCAGGGCCUGCAGACACUGCUGCUCAUGGUUCUGCGGCAGGCCUCCGGCCGCCCCCACGGCUCCCAUGGCCUCUUCCUGCGCUACCGUGUGGAGGCCCUAACCCUGCGGGGCAUCAAUAGCUUCCGCCAGUACAAGUAUGACCUGGUGGCAGUGGGCAAGGCUUUGGAGGGCAUGUUCCGCAAGCUCAACCACCUCCUGGAGCGCCUACACCAGUCCUUCUUCCUCUACUUGCUCCCCGCCCUCUCCCGCUUCGUCUCCAUCGGCCUCUACAUGCCCGCUGCCGGCUUCUUGCUCCUGGUCCUUGGUCUCAAGGCUCUGGAACUGUGGAUGCAGCUGCAUGAGGCCGAAGUGGGCCUUGAGGAGCCCGGGGGGGCCCCUGGCCCCAGUGUCCCCCUUCCCCCAUCACAGGGUGUGGGGCUGGCCUCGCUCGUGGCACCUCUGCUGAUCUCGCAGGCCAUGGGACUGGCCCUCUAUGUCCUGCCAGUGCUGGGCCAACACGUGGCCACCCAGCACUUCCCAGUGGCAGAGGCUGAGGCUGUGGUGCUGACGCUGCUGGCGAUUUAUGCGGCUGGCCUGGCCCUGCCCCACAACACACACCGCCCUUUGUCUUGCAGGGUUGUAAGCACACAGGCCCCAGACAGGGGCUGGAUGGCACUGAAGCUGGUAGCCCUGAUCUACCUAGCACUGCAGCUGGGCUGCAUCGCGCUCACCAACUUCUCACUGGGCUUCCUGCUGGCCACCACCAUGGUGCCCGCCGCUGCGCUUGCCAAGCCUCAUGGGCCCCGGACUCUCUAUGCUGCCCUGCUGGUGCUGACAAGCCCAGCAGCCACGCUCCUUGGCAGCCUGUUCCUGUGGCGGGAGCUUCAGGAGGCGCCACUGUCACUGGCCGAGGGCUGGCAGCUCUUCCUGGCAGCGCUGGCCCAGGGUGUGCUGGAGCACCACACCUACGGUGCCCUGCUCUUCCCACUGCUGUCUCUGGGCCUCUACCCCUGCUGGCUACUUUUCUGGAAUGUGCUCUUCUGGAAGUGAGAUCUGCCUGUCUGAGCUGGACAGAGACUCCCCAAGGACCCCAUGCUGCCUCCUUCCGGGGAAAUAAACGAGUGUCUGUUUCAGCAGCUA